GCCAAUGUGAGAAUAUUUUUUGGGGGGACGACCAGUCGACGUUCAACACUGCCUAAUAAAGAGCGGACGCCAAUUUUGACAACUGAGUUGAUGACACUAACCAUUUUUGGGCAUUUGGAGGUUAACUUAUUAAUGCUGAAGCAUGCCCAAAAAGAAAGGCAACAUUCCAAGAAGCAAGGCAUUUACUUCCAAAAUGGCGCUGAAUUGCGUACAGCUGACACCGGAUGGCAGACAGCGCCUCAAUCUCAGUUUCAAGGCGUUGGACGCAGUUCCAGCAUGCAUCCAGAGUCUGUGCCGAGUGGAUGAACUGAUCCUGAGCAGGAACCUCAUCAUCAGCCUCCCGGACUUUAUUCAUGAUUUUAUCAACAUCCAAGUUUUGGACCUGCACAGCAACUAUCUGGAGCAGAUCCCUCCGUCCCUCGGCCUCCUGAAGAACCUGGUCAUUUUGAAUUUGUGCAACAACCGUCUAACGCAAGUCCCCAAGGAGCUCGGCCUUCUGCAGAACCUCCAGAUGCUUUACAUGGGCCUCAACCGUCUUCAAAUGCUUCCCACCGCCAUUGGUAACUUGAAGGAGCUCGUUUAUAUCGGCCUCUCUGACAACAAAUUUGCUUCUGUGCCCAAGUGCCUCGCACAGCUCCAAAAGCUGGAAAAAGUCAACCUGGACAGAAAUCCCUUUCCCCCGCCCCCCGGCGAGAAGAAAGUUGAAAUCCCAAGGAAGUUUCACCUGGCUCAUGCAUGCGACCUAUGCGAAAACUGCCUUAAUAACUGCAGAACAGAUAGAAGAAAGCUCGUGGAAGCAACACAAAUUAAGGAACCCACUUCAGGGCAUGUGGCAUGAGUUGAAAUAGUUAUCUUAAAUUCAGACCCGUAUCGGCAGCCCGAACAUUCCCCAUUGGAGCAAUCCAGGUUUGACGGCAUUAGCGGCAAUUGGGCACAGCUGGAGUUUAGGAGUGGAGGGCGCUUUUGUUGAGUCUUGACGUCAGCCUGGAACAUGAGCCAGGUACUGUUUGUGCACCCUCAAAUAAGGUUUGUGGCCCAAAUCAGCGCUAUGGGGUUGAUCCAGACAUCAUCUAGUCAAAGAGUCUACAGAGGGAUUGCCUGAAUAAGUGCAAAGUGUAAAAUACAAAUUGAGUGACGAUGUGUAUCGCUGCAGGAUUGAUUUACCUUCCUACUGUAUGCAAGUGGUUCUCUGAAUUGUUAUACCAAGUACUACCUCAAAAAAUACGGAACUCUUUAAGUACCACCAUAAUCACCAACAUAAAAACACUAGCAUAGUAGGUCCAAGUCUUCAUCAAAAACAAGACAGAGGUUUUAUUCCUGAAAAAAUAUAUUUCAUAUUAUUGUAAGCCACUGUAACAAUAUGCAGUUUGAACAUCAA